AUGGUAGUGUUGAUUUUCUCGGACGCAAAAUCUCUUCAUUGGCUACGGACAACGAGGAGUUGCUGCAGCCAAAGGCACAUAACCUUGAGGGCUCCAAUUAUCCCGUUGCUUACCAGCGUCUGCGUUUUGGUUGAGGAACCCGUCAAAGAGAGGAUUCUGAGCAAGAAUAUACAAACUACUCUGGGCUCGUUCCCUCGUAAGCUGCAUUCAGAGGGGACAGACAAAACAUAA